UAGUUUUUUACCUAAUCUCAUAAAAAUUAAAACUUCUGCCUCACAACAAUUACAGCCUCAGACCAUAAAUGCUUUAAACAAUUUACUUGUACUAUGGAAUCAAAACCCACUUGCUAUUGACAAUAGCUUAACAAUAACUG